AUGAGUUUUCUUACUGGUGAAAAUAUGGAGAGAAACUCAAUGCGUGACCUAUUAGAACUUGGUCAUUCGCUGAUUGCUGAAAUAAACCGAUUAUCUGAAGCGGUACCAGAUGAUUUCAAAAAUCCUAAUCUCAGCAAGUUCAAACCGUUGUUACUUGAUUUCACUUAUUUCGGCAACCUAUCUCUGAUCGACAAUUUCAUUGACACCAAUGAACAUGGAAUUCUUCUUGAAGAUGAGUUCUAUUUCACUCACGACAAAGUUAUCAAACAGUUUGGUGCGCUCUUCGAUUCACUCGCUAGUUUCUUCUGUGAUGUUGUGGAGUUAUCAGAACGAAGUUUCAAUCAUUCCACAGCUUUCCGCCCAUCUGAAGCUGAUCUACAGCAGCGUCAAAUAAAGGCAGAAAUCUUGUAUGUAACUGGAAUCAUCCUUAUUUUGUUUGACGAGAAAUUUCAGAUAGAUGUAAAACAGAGGCUUUUUGUUGCUCACUAUAGAAGCAAUCCAGCAAAUAAUGAGCGAUUUGAUCUACUGGUCGACCUUAUGAAGACUAAACCUUCGACUGUGGAGCAACUUUUCAAUGCCCUGCCUGUAAAUAGGGUAUUUGCAAGCAGUAUUGUUACGUCAGUCAGAAGUGAUGGUUUAUUUAUGGAUGAGCAUGAUUUAAUUCAAGAAACUUCCGGCGAAAGCUAUGUCACGCGUACUCAACGUUCGGUUCUUUUUGUUUGUAUCUGUUUUACACCGUCCGUUUUGCACUCCGAUUUCACCACGAUGCGUCAGAUUGUAGAUAUGUACUUCUCUGACAAUUGGGUCGUAUCUCUACACCUUGGAGUAUUAAUAAAUGUUGUUAGCGCGUGGGAGAAUUGUAAAGCUGCAAAUGCUGCCUUUCAGCAGUGCAUUACAACAAACUCUGUGAAGAAACUUUGUGCUGCAAACGUACUAGCGUUGAAAGAAGUGUCGUUCCCUCACCUUGCAAAGAUAACGAACGCUGACUUUACCCAAUGUCAUAUGCUUAUAACUAAAGCGAACAUUUAUCUGAGAUGGAUUAUUUUACAUUCUUACCGUGGAUUGAAAUGUAGUAAGCGUGCCAAUCAGUUAUGUGAUACCGUUUGGAAUCAGCUAGAUUUACACCAUGUCGAUAUAUUUGAUACAUUGCUGCAGAUCGCCGAUUUCGAAUACGCUUUGAAAGAAAAGUACCGUGACGUUUUUGGAAAAAAAUUGUCGACGUUUGAUGAGUUAAAGAAAGAUGCUUGUCAGCAUAUAUCCCAAAUGGCCGGUUUAUUUGCAAAUGAUAUACCGCUACAAAAAAUAAAGAAGAACCUUAAACUUCAACAGUGGCUGUUAUUGGUGGAAAAAACGUUAUCAGAAUUAGACGUAUCCAAUGUUGAAACUCCAUCUCUUAUUGAACAUUUGAAAAAGAGAAUUGAACAGGUAAGCGACAUUCAUGACUUAUCUGGUAAUGUCUCUGUGGAUCAGUAUUUACGAAGUAUAUCAAUUCUUCUUUCCGAGUUAUUACACUGCUGCACUUUAAGUGAAGAAUUUUUGAGUCGCUUAGAUGCGGUUUCUGACUUCUCUUAUGGCUGGGUACUUAUUGAUCAAUGGUCAGAUAAAAUGAAGCGUCUUGUUGAAAGUGAUCCGAUGUCGAUCCGGUCACUUUUUUUAAAACUUUCGGCAUCUAUUGGGUGCACUCUUACUGCGGUUGAGAAUCCAUCAAGAAUAUCUGCGAUUUCUGUGUGUUACUCAAGGCAGUUGGAGGCUCGUCUAAGAAAAAUUGUUCAGGUAGUGCCGCGAUCUUUGUUUGUGCUGCUCGAUAGAAUCGCUGUCCUUUUAGACAGUCGUCAUGAAAGUAGUGUUUUGAAAACAGAAGUUAGGCAUUUCGCGGACCUCGAUCGCAGGUUUAGUCUCGCCGCUGAUAGCUAUGCUAUUUCAACUUUAUCGCUGAGUAUUUCAACGAUGCAGCUAACAUGGAUAGGAUCACUCCGCAUCGAUCCUUCUGCAUUGCUUUUGGAUGGAAUUAGGAGAGAACUCGUUUCAAGAAUGUCAUCUUAUAUUUAUAAAGAAGUGUCAUCUGCAACAGAAGUUGGAGCUCUGUUGAAUAAUUUAAAAGUUCAGUUCAGUCGCAUUCACGGUGCCUUUAUUUAUAUGUGCGAACAUAUGGGGAUAAGCGGUACUCUUGUGUGGCACAGUGAAUUAACUCGUGUCAUUGGAUAUAUGUUGGAGAAAGAGUCAAAUGUAAGCGAUGAGGAGAGUGAUUAUCAGUUGAAAUCUGUCAGUCUGCCUGUAAUGCCAGAAAUAGCUGGGUUCGCUACUCCACUUGGUCGGUUAUAUAGCCUCUAUUUGAAAUCGUCUGAUCCUAGGAGUACUCGCUAUGUCAAAUCCUUGCAAAUAUGGUGUGACUUGAAAACGAAAAAACUAAUGCUUUCGCAGGAAACCUUUGCCGUAGCGCAGGAUGCACUUUCUCCGAUGGUAUUAACGGCGUUAGAUCGUAUAAUGUGCUUUCAUCUAGUAACGCACAUCACCACUUUCUGCGACUUAUAUGCAAACUUUGUCAAAGGAACUCUACUGCAGUCGCUGGUAGAUUUGAACACUGCUAGUGAAGUUCAUUCUUCAGGGAGGUUCAAGACGUUUGAUAUUGGUCAGCAUCAGCUGCUUAGACAGCGAAUCUUAAGUGCAUUAAAGUCAGGUGUGAAGCGCAACACGUCGAUCAUAGUCAGCGCGGUGGACACACUCCAGAAGAAUGUGUUAAACGAUUUACGAAGUCAAAAAGGGGAUGCAGACGGAUAUCUCUUAUUUGAACUCGCUGGACUGCUGCAGCAGUGCGGAAUUACUGAUCCGCUCCAGAAGAGAUAUGUUAAAAGGGAAUGCCCUGUAUUACUCGUGCCUGCGAUGUUUGUUAUUCUUCUUGCUGCAGCCCCAGUAAUAGCUGGUUUUAAACGCUCAGAUUCUUUGGAUUUGACUAUGUUUUCUGCUGGACUUUCUUGUUUGUUGACUCAGUUCAAUGUUGCAAAAAGCUUCUUUGCUUUUGCUAGUAAUUAUUUUGCAUCCACACUGGUGUUGCCACAGGCGAAACCGUCAUUCGCGAUUGUUCCGGCUCUGAGACUUGCUGCUGAAUACUGCCUUAUGAAACCUGAGGUAGAGAAGCUGUAUGAGCCCUUAGACGGAGGUGGAGUUAUAUUUGCCAGUGGCGCUAUGGAAUAA